AGAACAUUUAUUAAAAAACAAAAAAAACGUUUAGUGAAUUCCGUCGAUAAAUUAAACGAAGAAGAAGACUGAAGAAUGCAAACAAUGGAUAGUAUUAUGAAAGCGGCCAUGGAAAGGGCCGUACAGCAGGCAAUGCAGCAUAUAGAUAUUGAUUUCUAUGUGUCAGCAAAUCAGACAGAACAGCAAUAUCAACAAGAACUACAGCCAUCAUUAUCACAGCAACUAAGAGACCAACAAGAGCAGCAACAUCAACAUUUGCAUCAGCAACAUCUUCAACAACAACAACAACAACAAGAACAGCAACAACAGCAACAACAACAUUACGCAUUCAGAUAUCAACAAUCAGCAACGCCCACCACACAUAUGCAGCAAUUAGCUUAUAACUAUCAGCCUAGACAUUCCACAACUACCACGACCACGUCGUCGCCAUUAUCAACACAUUCGCUGAACAGCAUCAAUAGCAACAGCAGCGGCGGCAGCAACAGCAGCAGCGGCAGCAGCAGCAGCAACAGCAGCAGCAAAAGCAAUAGCAGUGCCGAUUUCUCAUUAGCCCUGCAUAGCUAUAAUCCAGAUGAGCAAUUAAUUGCCCAAAAUCAACUUAAUCUAAAUGAAUUUCAACAUUAUCAUCAGAUGGAACUGGAAUUGCAUCAUCAAAUGGAUUCACCAAUCAGUCAGAAUGGCUCCUCGCCGCCUUGUGGUGGUGCCCAUACACCGACUUCAAUAAUUCCAGCAGCUGCGACAUCAGUUUCAGCAGCAUCGCCGACGGCCACAGCAACGGCAACGGCAAUGGCAUUGGCAAUGGCCAAGGCAGCAGCAGUGGCAGCGGCGCAAGCAGCAGCAUCAACUACACCAACAACAGCAGCGACAACUGCACAACAACAAUUGCCAUUGCCAACAAUAGUUAACCAUGUGGCCAGUGACUAUAAGACUGCCUCCUCCUCAUCAUCCUGUUGGUGUUACGGUGAGUCAGUUUGUUCUGGAAUUGAGGUUGAAAUUGAAAAUAAUAACAAUAAUCAUAUUCAUCAUGGCGAUUCUACGUAUCACAUGAAGAUUCUGGUGCCGGCGGUGGCCUCUGGGGCCAUCAUUGGCAAAGGUGGCGAGACGAUCGCCUCUCUGCAAAAGGAUACAGGUGCUAGGGUUAAGAUGUCCAAGUCUCAUGACUUUUAUCCAGGCACUACUGAGCGCGUUUGCCUGAUCACUGGCUCCACGGAAGGCAUCAUGACCGUGCUGGACUUUAUCAUGGAUAAAAUACGCGAAAAGCCAGAUCUAACCACUAAGAUCAUUGAUGCCGAGUCCAAACAGACACAGGAGCGGGAUAAGCAAGUGAAAAUAUUGGUGCCCAAUUCCACGGCCGGCAUGAUCAUCGGCAAGGGCGGUGCCUUUAUUAAACAGAUCAAGGAAGAGAGCGGCUCCUAUGUGCAGAUCUCGCAAAAGCCCAAGGAUGUCUCGCUGCAGGAGCGUUGCAUCACAAUCAUUGGCGACAAGGAGAACAAUAAAAAUGCCUGCAAAAUGAUUCUGUCAAAGAUUGUGGAAGAUCCACAAUCGGGCACCUGCUUAAAUGUCUCAUAUGCCGAUGUUAGUGGGCCGGUAGCCAAUUUCAAUCCAACCGGUUCCCCCUAUGCCACCAAUCAGAAUGCCAUCAAUUCGAGCACAGCCUCGUUAAAUGCCUCGCUUAACUCCACGUUGGGUACAUCGAUUGGCGGCGCUGGCUCCGCAUCCAGUGUCCUAGUCAAUGGUACUGGCAUCAAUUUGUCCCUCAAUCUGGGUGCUCCGAAUCCUGCGCCCAAUCUAGCAGUUGCCACACAAUUGCUCGAGCAUAUUAAGGUUGCCAUGCGCGGUUCUGGCUAUUCAGAGUCCGCCACCAAUGAAGUCUGCGCCGCUUUGGGUGUUCUGGCCAAGUAUGGAGUCCUUGGAAUUGGAGUUGGCGUGCCACAUGCCAAUGGUGCACACACCACACUGGGCAAUUAUUUGGGCGUAACGACGCUGGAACAGCAGACAGCUGCUGCUGCAACAGCGGCCACCGCUGGCAAUGUCUUCGGUGCUGUUGGCCAGGUCAAUUUGGAGCAAUACGCUGCCGCGGCAGCUGCUGCAGCAGCAGCCGGUCGGCCAACACAGUCACAAUUGGAAGCGGCUGCUGUUCAAUUCGAUCCAUUCCGACAUUUGGGCACAGCCUCGGCGGCUGCAUCGGCCACCACGCCCGUCUCCCUGAAUAACAAUAGCUUUGGCCUAACGGCUGCCACUGGCACGGCCACAACUGCGCAACUGGGCGGUCUAAGCAAAAGCCCAACACCAGGAGAUCUAGGUGCCAAGGAUUCAAAAUGCGUUGAGGUGCCUGAAGUGAUCAUCGGCGCAGUUCUAGGUCCAAAUGGUCGUAGUUUAGUUGAAAUUCAACAUGUUUCUGGCGCAAAUGUGCAAAUUUCGAAAAAGGGCAUUUUCGCACCUGGCACUAGAAAUCGCAUUGUAACCAUAACUGGUCACCCGAGUGCCAUUGCCAAAGCGCAAUGUCUAAUUGAACAGAAAAUCAACGAGGAGGAGACAAAGAGGGCGCGACAAAUUCCAUUAACCACUGUUGUGAAUUAAUAAUAAUAAUAAUAAUCAUGAUAAGAAUAUAUCCCAUGAUAUAUAACAACACAUUAAUAAUAUAAUACAACAACAGCAACAACAAAAACAAUG